GAUUUUUUUGAUCAAGACCAACGUCUGGUCAAUUUAAUGUAUAAAUGGUGCAUUUUAGGAUUACAGGUUAUUGUUAUUAAUGGCAUGCAGGGUGCCAUUCUUCGAUGUUCUGUGUAAGACAAGAUGAGCAUCGCUUCUAUACAUAAUGGCAGGACGACAUUCAAUAAGUGUAAAAGCUGUGCGUAAUUCUUAAUCAGCAUAUGUAAUUGCCAUGGUACGGAAGCCGAGAGAGGCCACGUCAUAUCAUUAUUUUUUUCACCUUGUUAUCUCGAGAUAUCAAAAUAAUUAAAUCGUGAUAUCGGGAAAACAACACAAUUAAUUCGUGAUCACGGGAAAACAACAUAAUUAAAUCGAGAUCUUGAGAAAACAACACAUUAGAGAAAGGUUGUCACGACUCACGCCCCCUUUUUGCUUGACUUCUUCCAAGUUUGUGGGCUACUUCUCCUUUUCCUUCAUCAUCAUGUCAGGAAUAAUCGACCAGCUGAUAGGGGAAUAUUUUGAUCAGGGGUUGACGCAGGGGGAGAUAGCACUGCGUCUCCUAAUUGGGAAUAAUUUUAAGAUUAGUCCGCGGCACCUCCGCAGAAGACUGGCCCGGCUCCGUCUUUACCGGCGGAGAUACAAUGAUCCAGCUGAGGUCGUUGAUUUUAUCUCAAAGCAGAUGCAAGGGCCAGGUCGGCUUCAUGGCUACCGAAUGAUGCAUGAAAGGUGCCGUUUAGCUGGGCUCCGUGUCACUCGGGAUGCUGUAUGCGAGAUCCAGACCACCCUUGACCCCGAGGCUGUUGCGCUUCGGAAAGGUAAGAAGCUACGUAGGAGAUCCUACAGUGUUCCGGGGCCCAAUUAUAUGUGGCACAUGGACUCUUAUGACAAGCUGACCCCCUUUGGCAUUGGCGUGAACGGGUGCAUUGAUGGAUUUUCAAGGCACAUUAUUUGGAUGAAAGCGAACUCCACCAAUAGCAACCCCUGCGUCAUUGCAGCCUAUUAUGUUGAAGCUGUUACCAAACUUGGAGGCUGUUCAAAGAUCCUAAGAUCAGACCGUGGGACAGAGAAUGUCCAUGCCAACAGGCUGCAGAUGUUUUUCAGGGAAGAUGACACUGGAGAGGUCCAUGGUACCCCUUGUGUUAUACAAGGAAGAAGCACAGCAAACCAGAGGAUCGAAAGUUGGUGGGGGAUGUAUAGGAGGCAGAAUGUGGACUACUGGAGAGACGUCUUCAGAGAGUUUCAAGCUACCGGUGAUUUCAGUGGCGAUUUUAUCGACAAGGGUCUCAUUCAGUUCUGUUUCCUAAAGAUUGUACAGGAAGAGCUGGACACAGUGGUGCGAAUGUGGGACAACCAUCGCAUUCGUCCGGGGAGUAAUGGCCGUGAUCUCUACCAUGGAAAGCCAGUGAUGAUGUACAAUGUACCUGAGCUGUAUCAUGCACAGAAUUAUCUUCAUCCAGUUGAAAUGGACAGAAUUAGCACAAUCCUAGAUGAAGACAUCUGCCAGUGGAAAACAGAUAUUCCCUGUGACAUUGAUCUACAUGACCUGUGCUUGCUGGUGAUGGAAGAACACAACCUGACUCGCCGUCAUGAUGCCGAAGGAGCAAUACACCUAUACAAACACCUGAGACCAGUGAUAAAAGCACUCCUGGAAGGACUUGAUGAGUGAUGUCAUUGAGUCACUGUUUGCCUGUGUAUUUCCACACACAUGGUUUGGUUAAGUGAGUGUAUGUAUAUAUGUGUAUGUAUUGUAGGCUUUUGUCGUCAAAAGAGGCUUAAAAAACAUUUCAUUCCAAGGAUUCACUAAUUUUCUCC